AUGCAGAAAAAGAUCAAAGCAAGUAUAGUAAAUGGAAUGUUAAUUAUAAUGAUCGUUGGGCUUGGGGGAGUGAUUACACACCUUUCAAAGGAUUAUAACUUCUUCGGGGCGGUCUCUGAAGACACGAAAAACAUCAUCCUAAUGAACAAGAGGGACAUAGAAAAAGACAUCUAUGGAGACAGGAUGAAAAUUAAGAUUCCAAAUAGAAGCCUAUGCAAGGGAAUGUGGAAGGGGUUUGAGGAUUUGAAGACAAACGCAAUCAUAAUCAUCUCUCAAGACGAAGUUGUCAAGAUUUUUAAUAUUGUUUCCAAAGAGAUGAAAGAGUAUAGUUAUGAUGUAUUCAUCGAACACAUAAAUAGUAAGGGAGGGCGUUUGUCCUUCUUAAAUAAUGCUAAGCAUGGGAUCAGAAACUUUCUGAAGGACACGUUUGAAAACGACGAGCGCUAUAUAACAGAGGAUGCUCCGAUAGUAUAUGGAUGUUUAAUAGUCCCAAACACAGAUGGAGGACUCAAAUUCAUGUCAAAAUCAAAGGUAAUGGAUGUCGACUGCAAUUGGGGUGACAUCAUCGAAUACAUCUGUCCUGAUGAAGAAGUGUGA